GCGCUAAUUCAUAAAAGGAUCGGAGAGGGAACCGGGCGGGCGGAAUGGGCACGUGCCUGAAGCUGGCUGGCGGGAAGGAGUUCAUCGAGUGGGUGACCUCCUCCCUGGAGGAACCAAGUCGCUGUCCGCCACCGAUCGAGGCCAACCCUGCAGGCUUGGCCGAAGUGAGCCGGUUUCAGCUUCACAGCAUACCGCAUCGACAAGGCGGGACUGAACAUGCACAUGCUGGAGUAAAAGCGGAACCCGCAGAACAAGCAGCAUGCCGUUGAAAUGGGACAACGAGCAAGCUCGAUGAGGGCGAGAGGCGGCUGAAGCCUGCGUCCACUCAUUCAGAAUCACGUGAUGGGAACAUGUGACGGGCUCACUCGGACCUUGGUUAUCGCCGGUGUCAGCCUGCAACUAGGCCCUUCUGCUCUGGCUAGGUGUCCACGUCAUCUCCCCAAGCUUGACGAGCCGCACAUUCUGGGCGACAACUCACAUAAUAACUUGCUACUUGCCCGGUCUCAAGUUUGCCUGUUGGCACGUCUUUCCAAAACAUCUUGCCCAGAUUUGCAUCAAGAUUUUGACGCACCUAUCAGGGACCUUGACUUUGAUAACUUAACUCUAUCACCACCAGCAACGAAAAUGUCGGCGCUCGUCACCCUCGGCCUGCCGUCGGGCUACCCGUUCGUGCUGCUCGCCACGACCUCGUCCGCCGUGCUGACUCUCUGGCAAGGUAUCCUCGUCAGCCAGGCGCGCAAGGCAGCCGGCGUGCCGUACCCCCUGGCCUACGCUGACAAGGCCGAGGCGCAGGCGAACCCCAAGGCGAACGUGUUCAACUGCACGCAGAGGGCUCACCUGAACACCCUCGAGAAUCUCCCGCAAUUUAUCCUCACGUCGCUGAUUGCAGGCCUCAAGUUCCCGCGCGCGGCGGCGAUCCUAUCCGGCGCAUGGAUCGUGUCGCGCGUGCUGUACACGCUCGGCUACGUCAGCGGCGAGCCCAAGAAGCGCGUCCAUGGCGCCCUCCCGGGCUACGUUGCCAGCAUCGGCCUGACCCUGUUGAGCAUCACUACCGCCGUGCAGCUCGCACAGCAGACCAACUGGGCUUUCUGAGCGCGCAUCUUUGCCAGUCGUGACUUGUCUUUGCAAGAUCUAAGCAAGACCUUUAUCCAAACCCAAGCGCAUGUGUAAUGAGCUCGAAAAUCCACGUGCAUCCAAUGAAUGAAAACAAGAGGAA